AGUAGCAAUUGGAGUAAAAAUGUGUCGAGCGAGGUCCCCGAGUGGGACGGGGAGGCGGCCACCUUGUGCCCGGCGGAAACCUACCUGCCCGCUCCCGGGCCCGCAGGACAUUCAAUUAGCGGCGACGUGACGCCGGUCUCGAUGAACUCGGAGCUGGACCUCUUCAGCAACGACGCGACGGCCGGCUCGCUCACCGACCACGACUUAUUGAGUGCAGAUGGCGAAGAAGACGAAGAGACAUUAUCGGCAGAAGGGUGCAGUACGCCCGUCAAGAUCAUAAAGAAUGACCUCGGCCCGAGCGCCUCGCACACGCUCAAGCCGGACCCGUGUCUAAGAGCGAACGUCCCACACCUUUACGGCCUAACAAUGCAAACGAAGCACGCCUUCUACAAGGACCUACCUUCCAGCAGUAAAAACUUCACAACGGAGUGUGACAGCAAGAAGUGUUCCAAAGACAGGAUACAGUACACGAGUGAGAUAGACUCGUUGAAUCUGCAAGGCAAGGAGCUGCAGUGCAGGAGCAAUGUGCUCGGUACUCCCAGACGGUACAGUGACAGUGUGGCGCAGAAGUCUGUCAGUCAGACUGUGUCCGGGACUAGAUUUACUACUACCCUGGUGCGCGAAGACUGGGUGGGGAACUCCGAGAAUGCCGCCGGUGACGACAAAACCGACGGUAACACCGCAGACACCCCGCUCAGAACUUUAGUAACAAAGGCUCAAAGCACUAACAUUAAACCGGGCUUCAAUAUAUCUGAUCCAUGAUGUGGGGUCAUGUUAUAGUGGGAAUAGAUCAAUUUUGUACAGAUGAUAGCUUAUACGUUGCUUUAUAACGCACAAUUGUAUAUGAUUUUAGUAACUAUUGUUGAUAUAAUUUGAUAUGAAAUUUUCAGAUAGUGGACAUGACCCAGAAUCAAGUGGCACAGUAUAAUGUGUAGGAGCCUUAUUAAAUGUUGUAAUAAUUAUUACUAUGUCUACAAUGUGUAGGUAACAAACACUAGUGAAAUCUUAAUCUUGGAGCUUUUGUAUGUAUUUAUAAAAUAAGAUCUUAAUUCAAAUAUACAAUAAUUUGAAA